CUCCGCACCACGCACCCAAUUUCAAAUGCAUGAAAUUGAUGUCGUCUCCGCCGUCGUCCGCUUUUUCUUCCUUCCGCUCUUUCACUCUUUUAAUUAGACAUCAUGGCUGUUCGUGCAGCGUUAGCAGCAAGAACAAGUAUUCUUUCUCGUACGACCACCACCAGUAUCGCGUCUGCUUCCAAGCGUGCUUUGUCAACCAGCGCGACGUGGCGUUUCACUGGCACCACGCCUAUAGCAGCAGGCAAUGGUGGUGCUGAAGACAAGCCAGACACUUCUGAAAGGAUCACCAUUACACUUCCAGAAGAGUCGUUCACAAUGUACAAGCUUGACGAAAAGCCGGAUCUGAAUGUUGAAAUCGGCAAAGACAAGUUAAUGACAAUGUACACGAAAAUGACAACCAUGCGACGUAUGGAAAUGGCAGCCGACGGUCUAUACAAGGCUAAAAAGAUCCGUGGAUUUUGUCACUUGUGUACUGGACAAGAAGCAGUUCCAGUGGGUAUGGAAGCAGCCAUCAAACCGGAUGACAAUGUGAUCACUGCGUACCGCUGUCACGGCUUCACGUAUGUGCAUGGUGGCACCAUCAAAAGCAUCCUCGCAGAACUGAUGGGUAAAUAUGAAGGCAUUUCCAAGGGCAAAGGUGGGUCCAUGCACAUGUUUGCAAAGUCAUUCUAUGGUGGCAACGGUAUCGUUGGUGCUCAGGUGCCAUUAGGGGCUGGUAUUGCAUUCACUCAGAAAUACCUCGGUGUUCCUGCUGCCACAUUUGUCUUGUAUGGCGAUGGUGCGGCCAACCAAGGACAAGUGUUUGAAGCGUUCAAUAUGGCAGCACUUUGGGACUUGCCUUGUGUCUUUGUUUGCGAGAAUAACAAGUAUGGCAUGGGCACAUCAGACGAGCGAUCAUCGGCUUCAACCGACUACUAUACGCGGGGAGAUUAUAUUCCUGGUAUCCAGGUAAAUGGCAUGGAUUCACUUGCAGUGUAUCGAGCAUGCCAAUACGCCAAGGAGUACACAGGAUCAGGCAACGGACCCUUAGUGAUAGAAUUCGUCACGUAUCGCUACGGCGGCCAUUCCAUGUCGGAUCCCGGCACCACUUACCGUACGCGUGAAGAAAUCCAGCACAUGCGCUCUACCUCAGACCCAAUCACAGCAAUGAAACAUGUGUUACUCAAACACAAUGUUGCCACCGAGGAUGAGCUCAAAGCCAUUGACAAAGAGGCGCGCAAGUUGGUGGAUGCGGCUACCAAGGAGGCGGAAAGCUCGCCCGAUCCGGAUCAGAAGGAGUUUUGGACCGACGUGUACUUGCCUGGAAGUGAGCCUGACGUCAUUCGUGGUCGUGUUCCAUCGGAAUCUCAUCGUUAUCAUUGAGAAAAUAAUCCGGCUACAAUUGCAUUACACUCCCACAAUAAAAGUCUGGAAAGUCUCAUUAUAUUACUCAAAGUUAGAUCUGC